CGUGACCCCGAGGACAAGGUCGCGUCCGGCUGUGGCGGACCAUGGCAUGGCGCUGUGGGCUCGGCCUCUGGUUCCAGUGCUCAGGCUCUGGGGCCUUGGAAGUGAGCGGGCGUGGGCCCGUGUGCCUCGGUUGGUUCUGGUGCCCUCCGGGGGUCGGGGGCUAGGCCGGGGAGGGUGAGUGGCCAGCCGGUCAGUGCCCAGUGUGGGUCCCGGCGUGCCCCGGCCUGGAAGCCCACCUGCACUCCGCGUCCCUCUGGGUUCCCGGGCGCGCCCGCCUCUCCUCAGGGCCGCCUUUCCCGCGACCUGCCGUCUCGCCCGUCUGUAAGGACUUCCAAAACCGCCUCCCUUGACAUGACUCCAGUGGUGAUUAGUGUUUCAGGAGGAAGAAAGUCCAUUUGUUUUUCUGCCAGUGCUUCAAGCUUCUUUGGAAGUGGAGGUGACAAUAAGAAGGAGAAACUUUUCCUGGAGGAUAUAGCUAAGCUCAUUCAAACCAGAGCUUGCCAAAGGGUGGUGGUCAUGGCAGGGGCUGGUAUCAGCACAGCAAGCGGCAUUCCAGACUUCAGGUCUCCAGAGAUUGGUCUUUACAGCAAGCUCCAGAAGUAUGACAUCCCAUACCCCGAGGCCAUUUUUGAACUCAGUUUCUUCUUUCACAAUCCCAAGCCAUUCUACACUUUGGCCAAGGAGCUAUAUCCUGGGAACUAUAGGCCUAAUGUUACUCACUACUUUCUCCGGCUGCUCCAUGACAAGGGAUUACUUCUGCGGCUGUACACACAGAACAUCGAUGGGCUUGAGAGAGUGGCUGGCAUCCCUGCCUCAAAGCUGGUUGAAGCUCAUGGAACCUUUGCCACUGCCACCUGCACGGUCUGCCAAAGAAACUUCCCAGGGCAAGACUUUUGGGCCGAUGUGCUACAAGACAGGAUUGCCCACUGUCCCAUCUGUACUGGCGUCAUAAAACCGGACAUUGUGUUCUUUGGGGAGCAGCUGCCACAGAGGUUCUUCCUGCAUGUGACUGACUUCCCUAUGGCAGAUCUUCUUAUCAUUCUUGGGACAUCCCUGGAGGUGGAACCUUUUGCCAGUUUGUCUGAGGCUGUGUGGAGAUCAGUGCCCCGAUUGCUCAUCAACAAGGACGUGGUGGGGUCCUUUGCUUGGGGUCCUCGAAGCAAAGAUGUGAUACAGCUGGGAGAUUUGGUUCAGAGUGUGGAAAAGCUGGUGGAGCUUUUGGGGUGGACGGAAGAGCUGCGGAACCUUAUCCAGCAGGAAACCGGAAAGCUCAACGGACAGAACAGAUAAGAGUGAUGGCUGCCUUCCCUGUCACCACAAAUGGGGUCACAAUCCAUCUCUGAGAUCUUGUGCAAGAACAAUGUGGGAAGAUGCACAGUAAUUGGCUGGAUCAGAUCCCAGGGUCUGAGGACUACAGUAUGCAACACUGGUGGAAUUCCUUCUCUAGAAACAAGUUGUGCUGGCUGUAGUUGUCUUUGCCCAAGGCCACCCAGGUCACAGAGGACUGCCAAUUUGCUCCUCUAACUCUUCACCUGGCUAUAGCUCUUGAUGCAGGAAGCUUUCUUCUGAUGGUGUCCUUCUUUAACUUUGACCAGAAUUCCAGACUUAUGUUUCCGCUGUGUUCAGGUCCAUCUAAAGAACAGUUUAGCAUAUUAAAAAGACCCAGUCUUGGGGCCAGAGUGAUUGUACAGCAGGUAAGGUAUUUGCCUUGCAUGCGGCAGACCUGGGUUUGAUCCCCAGCAUCCUAUAUGGUUCCGCCAGCAAAGCCAGGAGGAACCCUGAGCAUUGCUGGGUGUGACCCAAAAAGCAAAAAUAAAUAAAAGACGCAAUAUCAGGCUGGAGCGAUAGUACAGCAGGCAGAGCGUCUGCCUUGCACACGGCCGACCCAAGUUUGAUCCCCAGCAUCCCAUAUGGUCCCCCAAGCACCGCCAGGAGUAAUUCCUGAGUGCAGAGCCAGGAGUAACCCCUGUGUAUUGCUGGGUUGUGACCUAAAAAGCCAAAAAAUACCCAGUCAACAUAUGCUUUGGGUUCAGAAUCCCCAGCACCACAUGGUUCGCCUGUGCACUGGCAGUGGUGGCCCCAAAACAAAUACAGAAAGGCUUACCUGUUGAGACAGAUCCCAUUUUAGGCUGAUGAGGUCCCGAAGUAUGGUCCUCAGUCCCAAUUAAUGCAGCAUGUGGAUCACCUUGGUAGGGCUUUUUUUUUAGCACUACUGAUGUCUGAACCCAGAUACUAAUAUACACGCCAGGCAAGUAUGCUGUCACUAUGAGCCAUACCCUGACCCUCGUAGGGAUAUUUUCAUUGUCACUGUCACUGUCAUCCCAUUGCUCGAUUUGCUCGAGUGGGCACCAGUAACGUCUCCAUCUUGAGGCUUGUUGUUACUGUUUUUGGCAUAUCGAAUACACCACAGGAUUGGUGUGGUGUAUUCGAUCACACAGGAAGCUUGCCAGGCUCUGCCGUGCAGGCAAGAUACUCUCAUUAGCUUGCCGGGCUCUCCGAGAGGGGCGGAGGAAUAGAACCCGGGUCAGCUGUGUGCAAGGCAAACGCCCUACCGCUGUGCUAGAGGAGAGAAUCAAGGAGAAUCAGGAAGAAAGAAUCCAGGAGGAAUCAAGCAGAAUCGGGAGGAGGAGGAAGAAUAGAUAAUCAGGUAGAAUCAGGGGAAGGAGAAUCAGAAGAAAAUGGAGAUGAGAUUGGAAUAAACUGCAACAGAUCCCAAUCAGCCAGGCCCUCAUUUCCUCCUUCGUCGAUCCAUGGCCAGUGGCCGUCCUGGGUGGGGGAAGCAGCGCCAGACCACCGAAUGCAGGUGGUAAGAGAGAGAGCCACGGGAUUCGAAUUUAAUUUUUAUAGUUUUAAUUUUUUUGCUUUUUGGGGUCAUACCUGGCAAUGCUCAGGGAUUACUCCUGCUCAUACAUUCAGGAAUUACUCCUGGCGGUGCUCGGGGGACCAUAUGGGAUGCUGGGAAUCAAACCCGGGUUGGCCGUGUGCGAGGCAAACACCCUACCCGCUGUACUAUCGCUCCAGUCCCGGGAUUCGAAUUUAUUUUUUGAAUAAACACUAAGGGCCGGCUACCCCCAAGCAUUAGACUCUGGAUUUUCUCCCAGCCAUGUACUUUUGGCAUGAAAUAGUUUGAUACAAAAAUGAAGCAGUCUUUUA